AAAAACGAUUCUACAAUUGUUAAGUAUCUGUGACCGCGUCCUUUCCCGCCCUCUGAACUGUCAUACGAACUGUCAUCUGUCAAACCGUAUGUGAAUAAACCAGUGCGUUGCUAACCUGCGAUUGUUUAACUUGUACCUACGACCUUUAUACAUAACAGUGGCGACGAGAUUACCUACAAUUGCAAAUAAUCAAAAUGUCUAGUGUUCAAUUCGGGAUUUUACAUAGUUUUGACCACAAUACGCAGACGUGGAAAACGUACAAAGGUCGCAUUGCUCAAUAUUUUUUGGCCAAUGAUAUCAACAAGAAUUCUGAUCCGACAGGCGAUAAGAGGAAAGCCAUCCUCCUCAGCGCACUCACAGAGGGUACCUACAAAUUGGUAACGGAUUUGGUACUCCCAAAAGAUGUGGUAGAUGUGCCCUACGAAGACUUGUUAACACGACUGGACGACCAUUUUACCCCGAAAAGCGUGGGGUUUGGCGAGCGUCACAACUUUUACGCGGCCACUCAACAAGCAGGCGAAACUCACUCGCAGUGGGCAGCGAGACUACGAGGCCUUACGGCAAAGUGCAACUUUCUCAACGUGGAAGAGGCGCUCCGUGACAAGUUUAUCAUGGGGUUGCAGCCAGGACGUGAAAAAGAGAAGCUGUACACGAAGGACCUCACCGAUCUCACCUUGGCCAAGGUCGUGGAGAUGGCAGAGAACCUGAGCUGCGCGCGCGCUGCCGCCGUGGCCAGCGCAGGCGCCGCGGCUAGCGCAGUCGCGCCGUCUACGCCGGACCAGCUUUUCAAGAUUGCAAAUGUUGGAAAAAGUGGUAGUGUAGCGAAAGUGAAAUGUGGCGUGUGUGGUUAUACGAAUCACAAAUCGGCAGACUGUAGGUUCGCAAAUUAUGUGUGUAAAAAGUGUCACGUAAAAGGCCACUUGCGUAAAAUGUGCACUAAAGUGAAUUACGUACAGGUGGAUGGCGGUGACGAGGGUGAGGAUGACGAUGACGUGUAUGCAAACUAAACAACAAGGGAAAAAUAAAGAAAAGAAU